AUGUUUUAAUUAAUUCUUAAAUACAACAUACAAAGUUGAUAGAUCGAGUUUAGUUAAUCAAUUAGAGCAGAAACAUUGGUAAUUCACUUCAAACAAAUGGACCGACAAACUAAUUAAAAAUCAGUUAGCUCAUUAUUCGUGAUUUCAAAUCAAAUUUUGGCUUAAUCCUAACGAGCCUAUGGUCGUGAAUGGACAUGCUAAAUACAUCGAAUUCAUUUCACUUGUAGAUGCUAUAAAGAAAUUACACGUUUUUUUGUAUCUUAAAUCCACAACCUACAGAAAACAUAAAGCCAGACAUGGUUUAUUCGAAAGCAAGAGCUAGGUUUAGCAUUGAUGAAAUUUUAGGAAAGUCAAAAUCGAAUGACGAUUCUAUAAAUAUAACCGGUGACGAUAAAAAUAUGACAGAAGCUGCAAAAAACAAUUCGCUAAUCAUCAGCAAGUUAGACGAAGCAAAGUUGAACGACGAUAAAAUCACAGAGAGUAAUACCGACGAUGAUGGCUGCUCAUCGUCUGACGAAAAAGGCGACGCUGACAAACCUCGCAAGUUACGUCGAAGUCGGACGACAUUCACAACUUUUCAGCUGCAUCAGUUAGAAAGAGCUUUUGACAAAACGCAAUACCCUGACGUAUUUACAAGGGAAGAACUUGCCCUUAGGUUGGAUUUAAGUGAAGCCAGAGUGCAGGUUUGGUUUCAAAACAGAAGAGCAAAAUGGCGCAAACGUGAAAAGUCUUUACCUGAAGGGAUCAGCAACUUUUCACAUACUGACGUCAUCACAAGACCACCCAAUGAUUACCACCCACACUUCUACCCAAGGCACCACACUUCGCCUAUUUUGAGGUCGCCGCCGAGUAUCUUAAUACCAAGGCAUCAUCCGUACAGAGGUUCCGUCUCUCCGCCGCUGUACCAAUGCCAUCAUUCACCUACAUCGCCAUCGCCUUUACCACCAACUCUUCAUCAGGCUAUUUCACCGCGAGGACGUCCAUAUUGUUGUCCUACGUCACGACCUAGACUGGAUGCAGUACCCUAUUUAAAGUCGUUUGAACAGGAGUUUUUAGACUUAAAAAAUACAAGCAUAAACGAACUGCGCUUCCGGGCUAGAGAGCAUAAAGGUUUUGUUAAAAUGGAUAGCUCGCACAGAAGAUAAAAAAAAUGUUUUCUGAGUGUAUUUUGUUCGGUUCGGGAUGAAUGAGUGAAUUACUAAAUUGAAAUGAAUGUGUAAAUAAAUGUGUGAAUAAAUGUGUGAAUGAAUGUGUGAAUGAAUCAACAAAUAUAGAAAUGAAUGAGCCAAUCAUCAGGUCCUAUGACACCUCCAGUAUUUCGCUAGGUAAUAUAUCACUAGUUGGAAUACGACCCAAAUGACCAAUAUAGAAGAGUUAGCUUAAAAACUGUCUCGCCUGUUCAUUGGACACAGUAACCGCACGUUUCUUUUUCAUAAGAAGCAAUUUACUGGGUGAAGAAGUUUUUAGACCUUAAACGUUUAAUCGAUUUAAAAGAAACAAAUUGCUUCACUUAAUCAAAAAAGUUGUUAAACACGUCUGUGCUCUUUCACAUUUUUAAAGAACAACAAAACAAGCAAAUCAGCGAAAGAAAAUCUACCUGUUACUUUAGAAAUGUAUUUUGUUGCCAUAGAAAUUAUCCAACCAUGACGGAAAGCGCUUUUCAGUAACACCAUGUCAUUCCAAUCACGAUAGAUUAUCUUAUUCAAGUUGCCGUUUUUGUUUUCAAAUUAUACCUAUAUCCCUUCAUAGAGACUAUAUUAUAUAUAUGAAAUAAUAUGCGAUGUGUAAAUAUAAUAUGUAUAUAUUUGUCUAUGUUCUGAGUAACAAAGUUAUU